UCCGCACUUACAUACUUCCACAUACCCACUCGAUUAGUGCUGCUGUGUAAUUUUCAAAACUGAACUAAACCCAGCAUAGUAAUGGUAUCUUUACCCUUGCAGCUUUUCAGUUUCAUAGGAUGGACGUUGGUCUCUGCCUUCAACCUUGACACGGAGAAUGUUAUUAGGAAAACGGGAGAUCCCAACAGCAUGUUCGGAUUCUCCCUCGCCAUGCACCGCCAACUCCUUCCAGGAGAUAAACACAUGUUAUUGGUAGGUGCCCCAAAAGCUAAGGCACUGACCAAUCAGAAGUCACAGUUUACAGGAGGCAUGUACAGUUGUGACAUAAAUUCUGUCAGCUCUUCAUGUCAACGAGUGACGUUUGACAAUGAUGAAAAUGUGAAAACUGAAAAUAAGCAGAACCAGUGGAUGGGAGUUAAUGUAAAGAGCCAAGGACCUGGAGGAAAAAUAUUGGUCUGUGCACAUCGCUACCAGCGACGCUUUUAUGUGGGUUCACAACAAGAACUGCGUGACAUCACAGGGCGUUGCUAUGUCUUAAGUCAAGACUUGAAAAUUAACGAAGGCUCAGAUGAAGAUGGAGGUGACUGGAUGUUCUGUAAUGGUAGGACCAGAGGACACGAGCGUUUUGGUGUGUGUCAGCAGGGUCUGUCUGCCACAUUCACGAAGGACUACCACUAUCUGGUGUUUGGGGCACCAGGAGCUUACAACUGGAAAGGAGUGGUACGGGUGGAGCAGAAAAACAGCUCUCUGUGGGAAAAUGGAAUAUAUGACGAUGGGCCCUAUGAGGUUGGAGACGAAAGCCGACUUGACCCAGACCUGGUGCCUGUUCCUGCCAGCAGCUAUUUAGGUUUCUCCUUGGACUCUGGAAAAAUGCUGACUAAAAAAGGUCAGUUGACUAUUGUAGCUGGAGCUCCAAGAGCAAAUCACAGUGGAUCUGUUGUGCUACUAAGAAAGGAAGCAGAUAAGUCAUCAAUGUUGUCAGCUGAGUACAUCCUUGAGGGAGAGGGUCUUGCCUCUUCAUUUGGUUAUGACCUUACAGUACUUGACAUCAAUGCAGAUGGGUGGCAAGAUAUUGUAGUCGGAGCACCUCAGUACUUCAUUAAAGAUGGAGAUAUUGGCGGGGCUGUCUAUGUAUACAUUAAUAAGGAAGGGGCUUGGGACAAAAUAACACCUAAAAGAUAUGAUGGCGCCGCCUAUUCCAUGUUUGGUUUGGCCGUGGAAAACAUGGGCGAUGUGAAUCUCGAUGGUUAUCAUGAUGUUGCUGUUGGAGCCCCAUAUGACGGAAAUGGAGCUGGAAAUGUGUUUAUAUUCCAUGGCUCACCUAUAGGCUUAAAUAAAGCACAGGUUCUUGGAGGGAAAAGUCACAACGUAAAACUAUUUGGCUUCUCACUUGCGGGCAACAUGGAUUUGGACAGAAAUUAUUAUCCUGAUCUGGCUGUAGGAUCCCUCUCUGAUUCAGUGUUUGUGUACAGGGCAAGAUCAGUUAUCAGCUUGGAAAUGACUGUCACAACCACACCAAGAGAGUUAAACCUCACACAGACGAACUGUGGAAACACUGUAUGUUUUGAAGUCAAGGCCUGCUUCAAAUUUUCAGUCAACCCCCAAAACUACAAUCCUACUCUGAAAAUGGCUUACACUAUCAUUGCUGAAUCUGAAAGAGAGAAACUUAAUCUUCCUUCUAGAGUUAUAUUCACCCAACGAUCACCCAAUGACCCCGAGUAUGAAAGCACAGGGACAAUGGAAAUUCAGGGCCAGGGCAAAGAAGAAUGUGUUACAAGAGGACUCAAACUGCAGGAAAGCAUAAGAGAUAAGCUUAGAGGCAUCCCCAUUGAGGUGUCAAUGGCACUUGUAAACCCAUCAUCAAGCAGAAGUAGACAGAGUGGUCUCCCGUCCCUGCUUCCCAUACUGGACUCUACACAAGAAUCCACUACUGUGACCAAGGUUCAGUUUGUUAAGGAAGGUUGUGGUUCUGACCAUGAGUGUCAGAGUGACCUGCAACUAAAAUAUAAAUUCCAAUCCAUGGAACAGGGCAAAGACGUCUUUAAACAAUUGCCUGAGGAAAAUGGAGUUACUCUCUUGUCACUAAGCGAUCAGAAAGAUGUUGCCCUGGAGAUUACAGUGACUAAUCAGGGGGAAGAUGCUUAUGAGGCCCAGCUGACUAGCUCGUUCCCUAAAUCAGUUUCUUAUUCUGCUUUUCGCACUAAAUCCAAUGAUAAACAGGUCAUCUGUCUAGCCAAUCAGGAUGGGUCACAAGCCGACUGUGAGCUUGGAAAUCCUUUCAAAAGAGGCGCUGAGACAACGUUUUACAUCAUUUUGAGCAUCAGUGGAAUUUCUUUGGAUACCACAGAAAUUGAAAUUGUCCUUAAUCUCAAAACGACAAGUAGUCAGAAGCAGUUGCCACCAGUGAAAGCCAAAGCUAUUGUUACAGUCAAUCUUCUGUUGUCACUCUCAGGGGUAGCUAGGCCAUCUCAAGUUUACUUUACUGGAGAAGUAAAAGGAGAAAGUGCUAUGAAAGUGGCAACUGAUGUUGGCAGUUCAAUUGACUAUGAAUUUAGGAUUGCAAACUUGGGCAGACCACUUAAAUCAUUUGGCACUGCAUAUAUGAUUAUUCAAUGGCCUAAGCAUAACUUUCAAGACAAGUGGCUGCUUUACCUCAUGGAGAUAACCUCAGCCGGUUUAGAGAGCAUCAGCUGUUCCCAUCAAAAUGAGAUCAACCCUCUUAAAUUAAAGGAACCUUCACGAGCUAAACGUUCCUUUGGGGAGGGAACUCCAGCAAAAGAGGGAACAACAUCCCCUUUAACUGACAAGAGGAAAUACACCGUUUUGUCAUGUGACGAUGGAGCAAACUGUAUAUCCUUUAAAUGUCCUCUAAUGGGAAUGGAUAGCAAUGCUGUUAUUACCCUAAGAGCUUAUCUUUGGAACAGUACUUUCCUAGAGGAUUACGCAAAAAUGAACUACAUUGAUAUCAUUGUUAAGGCAUCACUCGAAUUCAAGUCCUCAGCUACAAAUAUACAGCUAAAAAGUGAACCUACCCAGGUACGUGUUACUGUGUUUCCUGACCGUAAAGCAGCCCAGUACAGUGGUCUACCCUGGUGGGUCAUACUGGUGGCUAUUUUACUAGGACUUCUUCUGCUGGGUCUACUGAUCUUUCUGCUCUGGAAAUGUGGUUUUUUCGGCAAAAGCAGCAAAGACCCAGAUAAUGAAAAUGAAAAAGAGAGACUGACUUCAGAUGCAUAGAGGGAGACAAAAUGAGAACCUCUGUUUUAGGGUAAAAGAGCAGAAGCAUGAAUAAAAGAAAUCGCACUUGCUAACCCACUUUAGUCUGUUGUCAAUGACUUUUAUUGCACAAAUACUGUAAAUUAGAAAAUGCUACAAGAAAUGCAUUGCAAACACAUCACAUACAGUGUGAGAUCUUUGUUGUGGAAAAUGGUUUAAAGAUGUUUGUCUCCAUGGGAGUCAAUGGGGGAUGAGAUCUGUGUGAAUACUGACAUUCUUCCAAAUAAGUUUUGUAUGGGUUUAGCAGAACAACUAAAUUAAUACCGUUUCGAAACAAUCUGAAGUUGAGUAAAAUUACUGAAUUUACAUUUUUGGGUGAACUAUGCCUUUAAAACUAGCAUAUUUCUCUUGCCUGCUUGGGUUUCUCUUUGCUUUUUGCAUGUACACUUUGUACAUCCGAUUUCCUUACACUCAUACACUCAACAUAUCAAAAUAUUUCUUUGUCAUUGUUGUCUUAUAAAUAUUCAUUUUAAGGAUUGACAUGAUUCACGGGGGGGCACGGUGGCUUAGUGGUUAGCACGUUCGCCUCACACCUCCAGGGUUGGGGGUUCGAUUCCCGCUCCCGACUUGUGUGUGGAGUUUGCAUGUUCUCCCCGUGCCUCGGGGGUUUCCUCCGGGUACUCCGGUUUCCUCCCCUGGUCCAAAGACAUGCAUGGUAGGUUGAUUGGCAUAUCUGGAAAAAAUUGUCCGUAGGGUGUGAGUGUGGAGUGAAUGAGUGAGUGUGUGUGCCCUGCGAUGGGUUGGCACUCCAUCCAGGGUGUAUCCUGCAUUGAAGCCCGAUGACUCCUGAGAUAGGCGCAGGCUCCCUGUGACCCGAGGUAGUUCGGAUAAGCGGUAGAAAAUGGAAUGGAAUGGAAUGGACAUGAUUGACUUUCAUUCUGAAAGGUGGGGAUUUUUCAAACAUUCAAAUUAUGAUGACAGCGUAUCCACUUAUAAUUCUGUUUGAACAAACAGAGAAUUCAGGUAUUAUAUGAUAGCAAUAGAGGAUAUAAUUCAUCCAGACAAGAAACAGUGAUUGACGUUGUAAAAUGAGAACAGAAGUUCCUCAUUGCUUAUUGCUAACCCGAUUCGAACAAAACCAAGCACUUUUUUCCUACUGUGAACCCUUUAAGACAGUGGUUCUCAACUCUGACCCGCAAGAUGCAUUUUCCUGCAGAGUUAAGCCCCAACUGUGAUAAAACCUGCUCAAAUCUAUCGCCGUAUGACGUUAAAGGUGUGAUGAACUGGUCUUGUUUAUUGUUUUAUACUGUUGUAUGAGGUCUACUUAUGACAUUCAUGUGGUUUAUACAUUCAAAAACAUCAAAAUCAAUAUGUAAUAGGCUAUUUUCUACCUGGGUCUUGAGGCCUGCAUGACAAAAGAUCGGUUUGAAUGGGCGUUCGGCCAUGAAGACUUGGAAGUAAACACCCACUGCUAUGAAUGGAUAGCAGUUUGCAUAGUAAACGCAGUUGGAGCCUUCUGUGAAAUUGUUAAGAGACGUAAUGUUAGGUUCCACAUUCGCCCUUCGCACAGAAUCCAAAGGAAGAUUAUGCAGUGACUGUGUUAUUCCAAAACCAGGCACUGACUGCACAAUAUUUUGCUAUCUUUAACAGCAUGUUUAUUGAUUGCUCACUCUAUCUGGUACCAGUCCAGACAGUUACUUCAGUACUGUCAUGCGCGAACCAGUGGGCGGCGCUAGAGAAGUAGUCGUUAUUUUUCUGUGAAGGCGGUGUUCAACCUAGCCUUUGAAGGACUGGUCUAGGAAGGAAUGCUAUCCACCUAGUAGACCUACGCAGCCUUCAGUUUGAGAAGCAUCCUAUGUCUAUUACAUCGAACAUCUUUUAACUAUAUAAUGCAAUUAUUCCCAAUGGAUAUUUCUAUUGAAACAAAGGCCAAAGAUGUUUUUUUUUUGUAUUUCACCUCAAUAAAUGGGAUUUGUGGACUUCUCAACUUAGUGGUCCACAUAUUUUUUUCUUAUCUUUUAAAAUUCAGCUAAAAAUGUAUAUGUAUGUGUGUUUUGAUUUGUUUAUUGUGUUGUUGUUGUUUUUUUAAAAUGGUGCAGGUUUAAUUUUCCCAGGCAGGUUUUCGCUGUAACAUAUGGGACAGGUUUUAUUAGGAAUAUUUGCCAAAAGGUGUUGCAGUACAAGUAACUUCACAUGUAUUCUGUGUUUAUGCUUUUGUUUAUAAAGUUGGACAGCACAAACAGUUGGACAGCAGUGAUGUCCUUAGUAGUAAGCUACAAGCAUUAUUUCACAAUUUUUCCACCACCAUAUCCCUAAAAGGGCUUUGUAGAAACCCAGAAUCAAAGGGGCAGUGCUAAUGAAUUAGUAGGUACUGCAAAGGAAAAUAUGUUUUGCAAAAUUGUAUCUUUGGAAGUUUUUAUUUUAGCUCUCAAUACUCUAUUUUUUUGCUUAACUUUAUUUUUGUUGGCAAAACAUAUUUUUUUCCUCUCAAUAUCUUGUUUUAUUUUGCGAUUCAUUAUUUUUGUUUGUAAUUGUAUUUCUUUGCUCAAUUUUAUUUUAAUUUAGCAAAACUUAACAAAUAAAAAAACGUAACAAAUAUAUGCGGCAGUAAAUUGGCUCCAUAAAUAUACAAUAUACAAUAUUCUUUAAUGUUCCUGCAGGAGCUUGUUCUGUUCUUAUGUCUGAGGCUUCAAUUCCGCGAGUAGAGUUUUGCAAACUGCUUGAGCCGCCCAGGCACAUUUGAGCACAGGCACAUUUUCCUUCGUAUAGAGAAAGUGCCCUUUUUUCUAGAUAUUUUUUUGUUAUAAAUGGAUAUAUGUGGUGCGUGAGAAUAUGUGUUUCUGUUUGCGUAAAGCUUUCCCUGUCAAACAGAGAGAAAAUUUCAGGUCAGGUCGGGAAAUGUUGUGCGCUCCAAUGCCUUUGUCCCAUCCACGUAUCAACGAAUCCGAGCAUAAAGCGCGCACACGCAGCACACUAUGCCGUCCAGAAUGAUUCAAACAUAAGACUUUGCAACACACAAUCGUCUCACUCAACGUCUUUUUUCUUACUCUAAUAUAUAUUGUUUUAAAUUCAAAACGCAGAGAAAACGCUGACAUGAUGCAGACGACACGUAAAUGAAGUGUGCCCUUUUUGGCAGGUACUCCAUCCCUAUGGCAAGGGAUUCGUACCAAAACCUAACGUCUAUGAGAUGUUUUUUGUGCCAAUCCAAAGCCUAACCAGUAGAAGGAGAAGGAGCACCCUAUCCUCCCAUUAUGGAAAGCUGUUUGAGUCAUAUUUUAUGGAAAGCCGCCAUAUUUCGCCAUAAACCAGACGCCUGGUGUUCAGAAGACACCUAGUUUUACGAAAUUUGACACAUACAGACGCCACAAAGUAUGGUGUUUUGUAACCCAUGUGCCGUAAAUUACGGCGUCUUUGCCGUAGAAACGACAUUAAUAACAUUCAUUUUGCCCUUUGGACUUACGGCACGCCGUAAACGUCCUUGUUUCCGUGUAUCAAAGACGCCGUUAAAAGCGCCGUUUUCUAUAACAUUAAAAUCAGCCCAGCCUUUUCUACACAGUCCAGCCCCUCCAAUGAACAGAAAGACCUGUGCAGUAGAAUAUCGAUAUGAGUAAUGUUUUCUGUAUUUAACUGUAUUAUGAAUAAUGUUUAGUCUUUCAUUACGUCAUAUUUUUCCAUUGGGCAUGUUUAUCCUUCUUUUCAUUUAUCAUAUGUGCACAAACGGCAUAUUUUUUUAACUUGUUUAGUUCCUGACUGUGUACGUUCAUGUUUGUAUAAUACGUUGACUUCUUUCACGAAGGUGUCAGCCUUGGUAGAGCAGUGGACCGUGUGCGCGGCAGCAGUAUAGUACUGGUUUUAACGACAGGAGUUCGACCCUAUGGUCCAACCAUAUUCAUUCCUUUUGAAUUGUUUUAUUGGGUCAUGUUUUUAAAUGUUGGAACAUUACCCUGUUGCUGACAACGGAUUAAAUCACAAGAAAUGCUUAUUAACAAGCCAACUGGUCUAAGGCCUGCUGCGGGCUUAGUCUGCUUAUUUAUUAAAAUGAUUUCCCUGACGAACGUAUUUGUUUUUCUAUUUACAUAAAGACUGUACAUGCUGCAUUCAUUCAGUAUAAAACGCUAUAAGCUUUUCACUAUUUGUGAGAAUCUGGAUUUCGUCCUGUCCUCUACAAAUAUUGCAUCUGUGUUUAAUACAAAGUUCAUAUAUCAUAUGUAUUCAUUCAUAUUCAUUCCUAUUAGUAUUAGCUUCUUUUCACAUUAGAUGUGCCUUAUUUUCUUGUUGUUUAACCUCGUUGAAAGUUGUAUCGUAUCUUAUGCUGUCUUAUGUUGAUAUAAGUAUCUGUUGUUCUCCAUCUCAAGGUUCCUAAUGAUGCCUAUGGACAAUUGUUUUGAUAUUGCAAUAUUAAAUAUGUGAUCAUAUCUGAUUGUUCAGGAGGAAAAAGACUAAACAGAAAGUCUGGGGAUUUUCCACUCUGGUGGUUUUAUAUGACACCUCCUGUUUUAAGCUUAUAAAUAUUAGUCCUUAAUACAAUAAAAAAUGGACUCUGAUUGAACAAG